AUGACCACCUCCAAGCACAGCAAGUUUAGCAGCGGGCCCCAGGAGGUUCCUGGAGGGCACCGCGGAGGCUGGGAGCACUGCAGGCAGAGACCCCUUCUCCUGGCCCUGGCUGUCCUGGUCACCACAGUCCUGUGGGCUCUCAUUCUGAGCAUCCUGUUGUCCAGAGCCUCCACGGAGCGCGGGGCGCUUCUCGGCAGCCAGGACCAGCUGAGGACAAACGUCUCCAAGCAGACGGCGGUGAUCGGUACCUUGGAGGAGGACAUCAGGGCCUGCAAUAGCCGCUGCUUGGGGACGCAGGCACAGCUGCAGAGCACGCGCGCAGCGCUUGUGGAGACGCAGAAGAAACUGAUCCAGCACGAGCGCGCCCUGGAAGAGCUGAGCACACGCGUGACUCAGGGCUUGGCUGAAGCGGGCAGGGACCGCGAAAACGUCCGCAAUGAGCUGUUUCGGGCGCGGGAGGCCAUCAGGUUCCAGAACAGCUCCUGCGAGGAGUGCGCCGCGUCGUGGCUGCCCUUCGAGGGCUCCUGCUACCUUUUCUCCAGGAGUGCUUCCACCUGGGAGGAGGCGCAGCGCAACUGCGUGGGCUUCGGCGCGCACCUGGUGAUCAUUGGGGGCCUGGAUGAACAGGGCUUCCUGAGUCGGGAUACACGUGGCGAUGGUUACUGGCUGGGUCUGAAGGCUGUGCGCUCUCCUGGCCAGAAUCAGAACCACCAGUGGGUGGAUGGAGUCCCAGUCAGCUUCAGUUACUGGAAUUUGGGGGAGCCCAAUGACUCUCGAGGGCAAGAGGACUGCGUCAUGAUGCUUGACACGGGGCUGUGGAACGAUGCACCGUGUGAGGAAAAGAUGAGCUGGAUUUGUGAGAAGAGGCGCAGCUGCUGAUCCCGCCCAGUGUCCCCGAGCCACGCCCACGGCCUCACUUAGCGUCUCAGGUGCAGCCCAUCCUCGUGCCUUCCAGCGCCCAUUGCCGAAGAUUUUGUCCCCUUCCACCACUACUGACAACCCCUCGGCCCAGCUCACCCUGUCCAGUGCCUGUGCUCAGGGACCUCCUCUCCAACCUCAGCACAUUCCCCACCCCCCACACGCGGACUUACCCUAACUUCCACCACUCCAGAAUACACUCGCAUAGGUCCCAGGGAUCUGAGGCCACCUCUCUCUUUGCCCUAGUCAGGGGACUGAGGGAUGGAGCUAUAGGGUUCUUCUGUGU